AUGUACUGCUCAACGUUCCUUACAUCUGCUUCUCUCCUAGCGCUGGUCAGCGCCUUGCCCACUCCUGAGGCAGCUUCUACGGCUACAUCAGACAGCUACACCUACUACACGGGUGAUGGCUCAGUUGCUGCCGGCUGGCCUGACAUGUCCAGCUGGAGCUCCUGGUCAGAUCUUUGGGCAGUCAAUGCUGCCGUUAUGCCGAAUACCUGUGGGUGGAACGGAUGGGGCAAUGACGACUCAUCGACAGAGAUUGCCGACAUCCAAACUGCCAUUGAGCAGGUGGCCAGCUCGACGGGCGUCGAUGAGCGCUUCAUUCUUGCGAUCAUGAUGCAGGAAAGCAAAGGGUGUGUCCGCGUGCCUACCACCAACAAUGGUGUCGUCAACCCGGGCCUCAUGCAGUCUCACGAUGGCAGCGGCACCUGUGUUGGUGUUGACCCAUGCCCACAGUCCGAGAUCACCCAGAUGAUCACCGACGGCACCGCCGGAACCUCUUCCGGUGAUGGUCUGCAGCAGCUCAUUUCGCAGGCGGAGUCCACCCUCGGUGUCACCACUUCCCAAGCUUUCUAUGCCGCUGCGCGUCUCUACAACAGCGGUUCCGCCGACUACUCGAACCUAGACAACGGUCUCGGCAGCACACCGUGCUAUGCCUCAGACGUUGCCAAUCGUCUGACCGGCUGGAUUCUCGCAGCAAGCUCUUGCACGGCAUAG